AUGAAGAAGAAAGCAAGUUACUUCGCGAUUAUAACUGCAUUCACGGCGGGUGGGUUUCUAUUCGUCGGAUCCCUGCUCGACCACGAUACCUACUCCGGCAUCGACCACCCCGACGAAGUCGAGGUCGAUGAGAUCUUUUCAUCCAUGGGUGACAUCAUAUUCGCGUACGCCGGGCAGUCUGUCUAUCCUACCGUGCAGCACGACAUGCGAAACCCAGAGGAUUUCACCACCAGUGUUCUGCUAGGUUAUGCAAUUACAGCGAUCAUCUACUUCCCUGCCACCAUCACGUGUCUCAUCAUCUACGGAGAAGGCUAUCGUGCGCUCCAUGCCUCCAAUAUCCUGGAUAUAGUGACGUCACACUUCAUCACUGUACCGUUCAUCAUCCUCAUCAUGUUCUACACGAUUCCUGUCAUCAUCAUCACAUCCAAUCCGUUCUUCCAAGACGCUGAAGAUUUCUUCAAUAUUCCUUACGUGUUUACAUGGAAGCGGUGUUUACUACGGUCCUUGUACAUACUCCUUCUCCUCUUCGUCGCCAUGACUUUCCCGCACUUCACGAUCUUCUUGCCGCUGAUCGGUGGCCCAUUAGUAGCAGUCGUCAAUUUUAUCUUGCCCAUCGUCAUCUAUGCCAAGCUCGUACGGAUGGAACCCCCGGCCAGUCCACCGGAAAGCAUUAUUCCCGCGUGCCUUACGAACACUUGUCACGUGAUCAUCGUGCUCGUAGCCAUCCUCGGUGCAGGGAUGUCGUCCGGUGCUGCCGUCUAUCAUCUAGUUACAAGUCACGAUGGCGUAUACCCACCGUGCUAUUCUAAUAUAAGUAACUUCUACGACUUCGGGCUUUAAAUUCUUAUUAAAUAGUAUACCACACACAUAUAUAACCCCACUGUGCAUAUUGUAUUUGUAUCUAACUGUAAUACACAUCUGUAAUUCACUGAAAAUGAUCAUUGUGAUGGGGUAAUUGCAAGAGUCUAUAUACUAUGGUCUAGUUGGUGGCCAGAUGCCAAUAUUACCUAUAUUAAUAUUGAUGGUAUGAAUAUGGAAAAGGCUGCAAUAUUAUGCAACUGUUUCCAGUGUUGGAAAAGGCAAUUCUUCCGCCAAUAAGUGCCUAAUGUUGUUGUCAUCAUUAUCGUGUCACAGUAGAAAUAAAUAUGAGUAUAUAUUUCUUAAUUUACUUAAUAUGGGUGUUGUUGUUGUUUGCCAGAUAUGUUUUUAGGUGGGGAAGGGUUUACAGCGUUAUGUGGGAACUUGGGCUAAGGCUUAACUUUAAAGAUACAAUGUCCCUUUUGCAGCCAACAACAAAUUCUGUAGAACUUUGCAGGAAUUAUGAAUAUGUCAUGUAUGUCCUAUCUGUGAAAUUUAAACAUUAACAUAACCCACUAUACUUGUAUGGCUAAAAUUAAACUGAUUAAAUCUUUGUGCAGCACAAAACGUACGUCCAUUCGGU